GAGGAGGGGAGGGCAACGGAAGAGGAGGGGUGACAUAUUUGCAACUUUUCAACUCUGCAGUGUGCGCUCACCCUCCCUUGACUCAUUUACCUGAGGCCCUUACACACAUUCACAGAGAGGUGCACAGACGGGGAUUAAGCAUUUUCAUUUUUGAAGACAGAGGAUUACGUCGUGUGCACUUUUUGGACACCUCGGAUACGAUCCUUGAGUUGCUGGUGUCAGACAGAAAGGCAUGGCACAGGGACAAAAGAGCCCCAGGUGGGCAUUGACCCAGCGCCCCUUCCACUUGGCACUGGGCCUGUGGCUCCUCCACCUCCUCGCCAGUGUCUCGGCAGCGGACGAGUACGACUACUACAGCUGGCAGUCGGACAACUUCCACAGCGGCCGCUUCUACACCAAGCAGCCGCAGUGCGUGGACAUACCGGCCGACCUGCGCCUGUGUCACAACGUGGGCUACAAGAAGAUGAGGCUGCCCAACCUGCUGGACCACGAGACCAUGCCGGAGGUCAAGCAGCAGGCCGGCAGCUGGGUGCCGCUGCUGGCGAAACGGUGCCACGCCGACACCCAGGUCUUCUUGUGCUCGCUGUUUGCGCCCGUGUGCCUGGACCGGCCCAUCUACCCGUGCCGCUCGCUGUGCGAGGCCGUGAGGGACAGCUGCGCUCCUGUGAUGGAGACGUACGGCUUCCCCUGGCCGGAGAUGCUGACGUGCGAUAAGUUCCCCAUCGACAACGACCUUUGCAUCCCCAUGCAGUUCACGGGCAACCACGCCACCCAGCCGCCAGUGUCAAAGGUGUGCCCUCCGUGUGACAACGAGCUGAAAGCGGACAACAUCAUGGAGCACUACUGCGCCAGCGACUUUGUCCUCAAGAUGAGAAUCAAGGAGGUGAAGAAGGAGAAAGGUGACAGGAAGCUGAUUGCGGCCCAGAAGAAGAAGAAAGUCUUAAAGCAGGGCGUGCUGCGCAAAAAGGACCUGAAGAAGCUGGUGCUGUACAUCAAGAACGGCGCCAACUGCCCGUGCUCGCAGCUGGACACCCUGGGCUCCAACUUCCUCAUCAUGGGCCGCAAAGUGGACCAGCAGCUGCUGCUCAUGUCCAUCCACAAAUGGGACAAGAAGAGCAAGGAGCUCAAGUUUGCCAUCAAGUACAUGAAGUCCCAUCAGUGCCCAACCUACCACACUGUGUUCCAGUGAUGCAGACCACCCAUCCAUUCUUACUCCACGCAUUCUUCACUUAUUUUACAAAUAAUACAACCUUGAUUCCAUAAUCCCGGAAAACACUGUCUCCGAUGUAUCUAAAGGACGGUGAAGCUUUUAUCUGCAUAAUACGGGAAGGAGGUUACAAUGUUUGUGUAUAAUGUUGAGGAGGAGCCUGUUCUCAUGACGCGUUAGUAGGACUUUAGUGGAAUUAGUUAAGGGUGUCCCGUUAUGAUGAUGAUAUCGGAUAUUGGUUUGAUAACAGCAAGAAAAACAAGUUUGGUCUUGCAUGUCAAAUGUGUGACAUGAUGUCCGAUACAAGCAGUGCUUUACUUGUGCAAAGGCGGACAGCCAGUUAACAUCUAAAUGCCCUCCAAUAAGCCCACAUGUUUGAUUUGUUCUUGUAUUGUAAUCAAGUCAUUGACAAAAAAGGUAAUUAUGGUAGGAUAUAAGCUACUAAGGACAGUGGUUCUUAACCUGGGUUCGAUCGAACCCUAGGGGUUCGGUGAGUCGGCCUCAGGGGUUCGGCGGAGGUCAAAACACACCCGACUCAUCGUGUAAAUAAAAACUUCUCCCUAUCGGCGUAUUACGGAUACGGCAACAGAACAAGUCAGACUGAUUUGCAGGUGUGUAAUUUGUUGUGAGUUUAUGCACUGUGUUGGUUUAGUUCUUUGAACAAGGUGAUGUUCAUGCACGGUUCAUUUUGUGCACCAGUAAAAAAACAUGGUAACAUUUUAGUAUGGGGAACAUAUUCACCAUUAAUUAGUUGCUUAUUAACAUGCAAAUUAGUAACAUAUUGGCUCUUAAUUAGUCAUUAUGAAGUACUUAUUAAUGCCUUAUUUGGCAUGGCCUUGUUAUAACCCUAACCCUCUAACCCUGGCCCUAACCCUCUAACCCUAACCAAAUAACUCUAAAUGAAGUCUUUGUUACUUAAAAUAUGUUCCCCUAGUGUCCAAAAAACUCUAAAUUAAGUCUUUUUUACUUAGAAUAUGUUCCCCUAGUGUCCAAAAAACUCUAAAUUAAGUAUUUGUUACUUAGAAUAUGUUCCCCAUACUAAAGUGUUACCAAAAACAUAUAACUUUGUCUUGAAUUUGAAAAAAAAAACAUUUUAUUUUUCACUAAAGAAGGGUUCGGUGAAUGCACAUAUGAAACUGGUGGGGUUCGGUACCUCCAACAAGGUUAAGAACCACUGUACUAGGAGCUUUCAGCUACACAACAGCUAUACACACAAUAGCACACAAGCUAGACAUACACAAUCAGAGUCCUUAAUUUAACAAUACUAAAGGGGAACUGCAUUUUUGGGAAUUUUGCCUAUCGUUCACAAUACUUAUGAGAGACAACUAGACAACUCCAUUCCAGAUGGUUAUUUAUAAAUAGGUUUGUGUUUUUCAUACCUACCAUUGUUCUCUGUUUGAGUAAUUGCACUCGAUCAAGCCUUUCUUUAUUUAAUUCCACAAUACAAAAUAAUACAAAUAUGUAUGAUUCAUGCUGAUAUUGUAACAGAUCAAUAUUGGUUUCAGCCAAUACUAAAUGCUCCAAUAUCGGUAUUGUAUCAGUUGGGACACCCUUAGCGUUAGUGCACCUUUCCUUAUUUAUGAAUUUUAAGUAACAAGACCUGCCUGUAAUCUCCCAAAACCAUGAGGUCCAACUAAAUCUUAAAAUCAAGGCUAAAAGAAAGUUCUUCCUGUAUGUUGGGGAGAGCGGGGUUAGUUAUUACAUCUCACUACCAGAGGACUCCUCUCUCACAUUGUGCUACAAGAAUUUACGAAAUUAGGAUCAGAGCUCGCCUACGUAGUCUUCUCUGGAGUAAGACAGUUUAAUUUGAGGACUUUCUGUGCUUUUCAUGUCAAAUUGUAAAUAUUCAGCUCUUCGAUAUUUGCUUCUAGGCUUUUACACAAAGGGUUAUAGUGUGAAGGGAAAUCUUUUUAUUGUUGUUGACUAGCUGUUUGACACAGUUUUUCGCCUGGAUUCUGGCCCAAAAAAAAAAAUCCAUUUGAGGUUGGUUGUCGCAUUCUCUUUGAGGUUGGUUGUCACACAUACGUACAUAUCCAUACAUAAAGGCAUACAGAUGUGUUUAAUAUUACUGGUCCUUGCUCGGUUUGUGUUUAGAUGAGUUAUGUUUUGUCAACUUUGACAAUGCAAUCACAUUUUCAAAUGUAGGUCUUCCUUUCUGCUUGUUAAAAAAAAACAUUUGUUGCCAAUUCAAAAUAAGACUGUGCCCGAGUGUCUAUGACAGUUUAUAUACAAUUUUUGUUACGAUGCAUUUGAUAAUAAUAGAUACGCAUUUCAAGCAAACACUUUAAAUGUUUACGCAGCUGACUAACUUUCCAAAGUGUUGCAAUUCUGCCUUUGAGCACAUAAAUUACGGCCAUUGUAACACUUGCACACACAUUAGCUUUGUCUGUCGUCAGCUAAUGAUAGCGAUUUAACUGCUUACUGUAUGUUCGCUAUCAUUAAAUGUACUGCAUAUCCUAUCAUAACAACAACAUAACUGCAAAUUGUUAAUUGCUUCUUUGGGACUGACUUGUGUACCUGAACGUCAGACUGAUUCCUCGGGUCGGCGAGCAAUUUUAAUUCAAUGCAAUUAGCAAUGGUGAAAAAUAUGGACUAAAAAAAUUAUGUUAAACAAAUAAUGGAAACAAAAGCUAGCCUGUGCACUGCAAAAAGUCAGUGUUUAAAAACAAGAAAAAAAAAAAAAUAGGGGUAUUUUAUUUGAACUAAGCAAAAGCAUCUGCCAAUAGAGCAAGAAAAUUCAAGACUUUCCAAAACAAGUAAAAUUAGCUAACCUCAAUGAACCCAAAAAUACCUUAAAAUAAGUGCACUUUUCUUGGUAGAAAAAGAGAGACCUUUUUGCUCAAUAUGUUGAAAAAUAUUCUUAAAUUAAAUAAAUGCUAGUGCCAUUAUCUUGACAUAAUGAUAUGCGCUCGGCAUCAUGAUUUUUUUUUUUCAUGCUUGAAGUAACAAAUUAUUACUUUAAAAAAGUAGUUUUAUACUUGUGAGUGUUGAUGACACAGCUUUGCAUCAGUUGAUAUUCUAGUUUCAAGCAUGUUUUACUCAAUAUAGGUCAUAAAAUCUUAGCUACAAGCUGUAAUAUCUUACUGAGAUCAUUUAGGACCAAAACCCUUAAAACAAGUAAAACACUCUAACAUAAAAUCUGCUAAUGAGAAUAAUUAUCUUAUCAGACAGAAAAUAAGCAAAUAUCACCCUUAUUUGAGAUAUUUAAUCUUACUUAGAUUCCAGUUUUUGCAGUGUGGUGUUUUUGUUAUAUUUUUGGGUAUUUUUUUUUGCUUCGAGCAAGUUGCAAACAGCCCCUUCAAGCUUCAAUUUAAUAUAGGUGUAUACAGUGUGACAACUAACCGUGUUCUUCCCUUCUACCGUAAAAUUCCGGACUAUAGACCGCUCCUUUUUUCCUAUGUUUUGAUUCAUGCGGCUUAUAAAAUGUAUUCGCUGACGGACAUAAUGCAUAUCGUUUUCAUUAAACACAUGCAAAUACACUAAGAGCUACUUUUUUCCUACGCUUUGAUUCAUGCGGCUUAUAAAAUUUCUUUACUGACGGCCAUAAUGCAAAUAGUUUUUAUUAAACACAUGCAAAUCCACUGAAAUGGUAUGUUAUUGUUUGUGCUAUGGCACCAUUUUUUUGGGACGAGUUCGCUCACUGCCGGUGCUGCUGGGUUAAUGCCUACAGUGUUUCCUGCUGUUGAACCGGAAGUACAAAUGCCGGUCCGUCUUCUAAUCGUUCAUACCGUUUCUACUCAUAUUGAUUCUUCAUUCAUCACUCCAAGCAACGUUUUUAAGUUUCACAAUAUAACUAAAACAAUUCAUACUUACUGAACUGUCCCAUGUGUUAUGUCUGUAGUGUUUUUACACAUAUUUGUACGUGCUAUCGUUAUGUAAAGAAGCUAGCGUCGUUAGCUUUAACUAAUAUGCUAAGACUUUCUCGAGUGUCAUUACAACGGCAUUCUUUUUGUAUCGUUUCAGUAUCACAAAUGCCUAAGUAAAUUCCCCAAAACGUCACCGUGGAGUUUUUGCGUCUGUUUAGCGGAUUGGAGAUGCCUGUUCUUUUUGAUCAGCUGUUUUACUGCCGUCUUACAGGCACCGAUUGAAAACAAUUAAGGUAUGUAAAUAAACAUUUACAAAAUCUUUCUGUGUAAAUAACUCAUAUCACAACAUACAUAUCUGCGGCCUAUAGUCCAGUGCAAUUAAUAUAUGGAAAAAACUGUUUUAUUUUUAAUUUAGUGGGUGCGGCUUAUAUACCCGUGUGCUCUAUAGUCCGGAAAAUACGGUACAUUUUAGGUAAAUAAUUGUUAUAUAAUAAACAUAAUAAUAAUUGGUAUGCAUUUCACAAACACACAUACAUUGCUGUGCUAGAACUAAAUAAAGUGUACUUUUUUAACGGUUUUCUACAAAACUUGUACACUAUUUAACAACAGUGUGUGCACAUAGUCAGUUAAAAUGACAAAUAAGAGUUUAAUCAGUCACAAUUUCAGGUGAAAUCAUGUUUGAUUAUGUAAUGAUUUUUGAGGGAGGGUUUUAUUUCUUUUAAAUUGCAGCAGUGAUUUGCUACAGGUGGACUGUGCAAUGGGCCGUGCAGCACAAAUGUCCCAGGAAGAACCCAAAAGUAGACAUAAAUGUAAUUACGUGCAAGAAUUAGGUAAUUCCGUCGCGUAGACAAUUAGGAAACCGUUUCUCCCCAUUGGGAAAGAAGAAUAGCAGAAGAGGAAGACGGAGCGCUGGGAGACACAUCGACUGGAUGAUAUUGGCACUGACUAGAAAAAUGAAAACUUCCACAUUUUUUUAAUGGAAGAAAGAAAGAAUGUUCCUUACAAGAAGACAAGUAAAGAGACUCUGGACAGAGCCAACAAUCUCAGCGGCACUCGUUUUUUUUAAAUCAAUUCUCUUUUUAUUCCUUUUUUUGUACUUUAUUAUUAUAAUUUGCUUCUGUGGUAUGAAAGCAGAUCUCAUACUUCAACACAUACAUACUUAACAACCAAAUUCACUGUUCUUGUCGCAAUAAAAGAUUAAAUUUAACCUUGACUAUUUUUUAUAAUCAGUCGCUGUUCUGUUGUUUUUGCAAAAUGUAAAUGAAUAAAGUAUAUUUGAUUUUUUUUAAGAA